AUUUCUAUCCAUCUAUUCAUCCAUCUUGGGACAAUUUAGAAUGUUUAAUGAACCGACCGGGCAUGUCCAAUGCUGUUUGUUUUUCCUUCCUUCUAUUCUCCCAUGCAGCCACAGAGAGUUCCGAUCACAAAGAGUCUGGCAGUAGCAGGGAUGUGAUGGGCCAGAUGUGGCCCCAGAGCCUUGAGUUUGACACCAGUAGAUUAACUACAUGGCUUUAAGCAAUCUGUCAACCAACAUAGAUUAAUAGCCCACCGUAUUUGGAAGCAAGGCACAACUAUUGCUUUGCCAUCACAUCAGACAAAGGUGCAGAAUUCCAGCCCAAUUCCGCCUCAUUGCAAAGUAUCUUGCGGAAUGUGGGCGUGUGCAUCUCCAGCCAAUCAGUUGCAACUCCACGCUCUCAAUCUUUUGCCAUGUCUUCGCAUGUGUCUGUUACAAAGAGUCAUCAAAAAGCUGCUGCCAUCCAGAACGAAGGGGUGAAAGGUGCAGGAACUGUGCGUGCCACACCUCAAAAACCAUCUGGAAGAGGCACUUCUCUCAAUACACCACAAAGAAUCAUGAUCAAAAAGAGUUUGGCAGCAGCAGACAAAGCUGUGGAAUUUAAGCCCGAUCCCACAUCACUGCAAAGUAUCGUCUGUAAUGAGGGCCUGUGCAUCUCCAGCCAAACACUUGCAACUCCACGCUCCCAAUCUUUUGCCAUGUUUCCACAACGCGUGUCUGUUACAAAGAGUCACCAAAAAACUGCCGCAAGACAAAACGAGGGGGUGAAGGUUGCAGGCCCCAUCCGUGCCACACCUCACAAACCAGCCGGCAGAGGCACAUUUAUUGACACACCACAGAGAGUUCCAAUUAAAACGAGUCUGGCACCAGCAGUUUCAACUCACAAAGAGGCCAAGAACAUGUGGACAUGUCAGAGUUCCCCUCCCAGUCCCACGAUGCAAGUUGCCCAGACGUUAUUCGUUGACCAGGAGAAUGAACGGAGUCCUGAAAAAGGGAAGGAGGAGCAGCUCCCAGUUCUUCAAGACUCACCUAUUAAAACCUGUGAGGAUAAAGCAAAGAUGACCACUAGCCGGAGGGAUGAAGAGCAGAAGAUUGAGGAAGGACAGAAGUUCAUCCAAAACCUGCAAAGAGAGUCUGUCAUUUGUUUUUCCACAGGCAAGAAACGGUGCCGCUUUGAGAAGCAGGUUAGCUCUGACUCUCAGGAUCUGUCAGAAAUAACAGACGUGUGUGAGCCCGUUAGUCGCAUCAACCUUGCUGGUCGCUUUCUGCACAUAGACCAAAAGGCCUGCGUUGGCAACACUGCGCUUGCGUUACUGCCCAAGAAACUUUCUCCCUUGAAGGACCUACGUUUGGACAAGGAGGUUGCUUUUUAUACCUCCCAUUCUGUCUCAGAUGCUCCCAGAUCCUUCCCCUCUCAACCUCGCAGUAUUGACCCGGUGGCGUCUUUGCUGCACUUUCAGGAGUCCACUACGUUUGUUCCACUGUGCUUGGAUGCUCCUUCUCCGUGCUCCUCUCCACUUCAAGCAAAAUAAUUCAUGUGUCUUUUUCAUGAAACGCUAAUACACAUCCCCACAAUGUUGUAGGCACUGGAUAUACAAAUGUUGACAUUUGAGCUUGUCUUUCUAAGGAAAGUGAAACGUAGCUACAGGGCAGAAUUGUUCCCUUGGGCUGUGAAGGAAAUUUGCUUGUUUCCGUCCAUUUGUUCUCCUGCACUCCAAGAAAAGACUGUAGGGAAAUGACUGAGCUCCAUCGUUGUUUGUCGGAGAGCACUCAAUAGAGUGUUUUCGCAUUCUGUUGUCCCUGUGAGGACCAGCACCUUUCCACAAAUGACUAAUGUAUUUGUUUCAAUGUGUUUUUGUCUUUUAGCGUCUCAUUUUUGGAAAUAAAUGGUUGUAUGCAGUUUGUGGCCUGA